UCAUUGUUGGAGGUUUACGUCAUUCUCCUGAAUCCGUACGAGGGACGAGUGUACGCGGUGCGCGGAGAGAUGACGGACGGGCGUGCGCACGCACGCACGCACGUACGCACGCACGUAUAUGCGAUGGACAACCUCCUUUUCGUCGCGGAAAAGACAACAAGCGAUAAAAUAUGUCGCCCACUCCGUCGUCGCUGACCUGAGCGAGUUUGUUAAUCGCACGCUCCAGCGCGCUUCGUUCCAGUUGCUCUCGUAAAACGACAAGAUACGCGAGCGUAUCUAUAUAUAUAUAUAUACACACAGAUAUAAAUAUAUAUAUAUAUGUAUACGGACGUUUUUUUUUUUGUUAAUCGGAAAACGCGCGCAACAACAUAUCGUUGAUACAACAAAAGUUUCCAAGUGUGUUCCUCGCUGUCAAAAAAACUCGGUUCUCUGGAAUCUUUCAUUGACACAUCUACGCGAGUGAGACUUAAUUACUCGUGCAGAAAUAUUGGAGAAAUCCGGAGAGAAGACUUUGUGAUAUCGAGAACUCGCAACCCUUCGAAGAUGUGAUUGAACGGUCUUCUCCUCCUCUCCUCCUGUCAGUCAUCGGUUCGCGUACGACGACACGACACGCGGCGCGCCUCUCUUUCAUUUUAAAUAUAACGGUUUAUAAAUAAGUAUGAGCAAUAGCGGGAGUGCGCGGCGGGGCUCCUCGCGCCGUUGAUUUUUCUUUCCGUUCGCGCGUUGUUUAUCCACGCGCUCUCCGCGCGCGCGCGCGCGCUCGCGUGAAAGAGAGAGAGAGAGAAGAAAGCGAGCGAGAGUGAACGUCGGAUGCACUCGACGAUCGUGACUUCUUCUCCCACCGUGUGCGCUCAUACGCUUUGUGCUGCAUCGACACGCAAACGUCGCCGAAACACCACAUCAAGGUGAAAUUUUCGACUUGAAAACAAGAGACUAGACCGUCAACUCCUAGUGGCACAAAUACGCUAGCAUGUCUGACACAAAUGUCAUCAAGGAAAAUGUGAAAGUCCAAAUCAAGAAGUUUGUAGAUACAUUUAUACUUCUGGAAGCAGGAAUUUAGAGCAAUUGUAUAGUUUUAAAUGAUGAGGAAUAUUUAUCGCCAGAUCUCAACUAAGCGUAAACUUAACAGUCACCUGUAUAUCCUGUAUACAAGAAAUAUACGUGAUGCUGUUAUUCCCAAACUCUUUGCAGCUGCGCAACAAGCUGCAGCACGACGCUGAGGACUAUCCUGAAUGUUCCGAUGCCUGUAUAAUGUUAGAAGAAUUUUGCAUAUUUGCCACAGAACUGGCACGUCUGUGCGAGCGAGGAACAACGGCUGUUCCUAUGAACGCCUCUCGCUCAUUACACGGUGAUGGAAAGGAUACCAAUCACAAAACUAGUUCAAAGAGGAUGGCAUAUGAGGUAUUUUUGGGCGGGUCUUGUAAUCCAACCACCUGGAGGUCAGACAUAGCGAUUCCAACUCUUCAGAACCUCGGAAUUACUUAUUAUAAUCCUCAAGUGUCACAAUGGGGUCCAGAAUUGAUAGCCCAGGAGUACGAGGCGAAGCAGACGGCACGGGUCUUGCUGUUUGUUAUCGACAACCAGACACGCAACAGCGCGGGCAUCAUCGAAGCGGCUCAACUGGCAGCUACACGCAGCGAGUCCUUAGUCCUCGUUAUUUAUCCAUAUCGUCAGGGUCAGACUAUACUCGGAGAGACUGUUUCUGCACAAGAAUAUCACGAUUUGAUGAACGGAUUGCUGGUACUUCAGUAUCUAAUGGAGAGACAAAGGAUACCGAUAUUCGAAAGCGUUUCAGUUGCCCUUCACUGCACAUCCAAGAUGUUACGUGAAAAAAUCAAUGUGCAGGAUUGUACAGAUUUGUAUACCGAGGAUGGCAUCAGACCUAUAAGAAUCUCGCUUACUCAGAAUGGGACAGAUGCAGUAACGUUGCGAGAGGUUUUCAAAUCUAUGAACGUUGAUGACAGCGGUACAGUAAAGUUAGGAGAAGCUUGGGUGACGUUGCAGUCGAAUGCAGUGUGCAACAAUAUGCCUCUUUCGGAUCUGCUCAACACGGUGAAUAAAUCCGAGGUGUACAGGACCUUGAUAGACGGAUUUCCGGCGAAAGGUGACCCGACAGAAUUUCGAAUCAAUUUCGAGCAGUUCUGCGCGUUGGCCAGCGAGUCAUCGUGGAUGCGGACGAAGAGUAAUGGCGUUUCUUGCGAAAGUGAGAUACCUUCAGUAUGGAAUAUAUUUUGUAGGAAGGCUUCAAAUUUUCUGCGCCGAGCUAUUGUACAUCCCUUUAAUCGUUUUCUAGAUUGGACCAACUCCUUGGCACAAGAGUCUGAGAAGAAAGACAUUUAUAUCGGCGUGGUAAAUAAAGAUCUGUUUUGGUUGGAAUCUUCCGCAGUGCCGUUGCUAGAGUCGAUGAGAUUGUCUCUGUACCGAUCAUGCCUGAAUGAGUACAAUGCAAGGAUACUACCGCAGGAAUUACACAAAAUGAAAAAUUCGCGGCUGAUCCUGCUGAUAGUGCCGCAACAUUCGCGCGGCAUUGCCAUUAUGGCGUUGGCAGCUCAUUUGAUUGGACUGCGUGCUAAGCUCGUUCUUUGUGUUCAGACUCUUCCCGAGGAUUCUAUCGUCUCUGGUGAACAACUGACUGAACAAGCCAGAAAAGAUUACAACCGGGGGAGGAUGUACCUGUCGGACUAUGCGACGCGCGAAGGUGUACCUGUUUUUCAGAAUAUCGCUGAUGCUUUGCAACACGCGAUAGAGUUAGUUCAAAGUCCUUGUUGACUUAAUUGCUCUUUACUGUUUUUUUUCUAUUAUUUUCGUACGAAUAAGCUCCACAGUUCGACGACUAAUUUAUUUUUACUCUUAACAAUGUCCAACUACCAUUUGAGAUCCACGCGCACGUAUCGUAGGUAUAAUAACGAUGAUGAUAAUGAUGCUGGCAUCGUCAUUAUUAUUCCUAUAAUAGGAUUAGUAGUUAGUUACUCGUGUCGUUGACACACAAGAGACGCUUCUUCUCAUUAUAUAUCUUAUCGUUAUCAUUUCAUUGAUAGCUCUCGUGCUACUUACAUGCAUUAAGUAAUGUCGUAAACGAGAUAUCGCUUGUCUAUGUAUUAUUAUUAUUAUUACUUGUUUUUAAAUUCUUGACAAAGUUGAAACACAA